AUGGCGUCGAUGAGGCUACCUGCGCUCGUGAGCAAAAGCGUUCGACGCACUUACGGCCCAAUUACACAAAACCGAGCGGCAACAUCUAUAUCUCCGGCGGCUGCGUCAAUACCAAAAGUCCUGCAAGAUGCGCUUGCCGCUGAAGGUCCCCGCAUCAAUUGGACUCGGGAUGAAAUCAGACAGAUAUAUGAUACCCCCCUACAUCAGCUUACCUAUGCCGCAGCCAUUGUCCACCGGCGAUUCCAUGACCCCUCGGCUAUCCAGCUCUGCACUCUAAUGAAUAUCAAGGUCGGCGGAUGUACGGAAGAUUGCUCGUAUUGCUCACAAUCCUCACGAUACAACACCGGCCUGAAAGCUACGAAAAUGAGCACUGUCGAUUCCGUUCUUGAAGCGGCCCGCAUCGCGAAAGAAAACGGUAGCACGCGCUUCUGUCUGGGAGCAGCAUGGCGGGACAUGCGCGGUCGCAAAACCAGUCUGCGAAAUGUCAAGGAAAUGAUCUCCGGUGUCCGAAAGUUGGAUAUGGAAGUUUGUGUGACUCUUGGAAUGAUCGAUGGGGAUCAGGCCAGGGAGCUGAAAGAAGCAGGGCUCACAGCUUAUAAUCAUAACGUCGAUACCUCGCGGGAAUUUUACCCAUCCAUCAUUACUACACGCUCGUAUGACGAGCGUCUCCAAACGCUGAGCCACGUCCGCGAAGCGGGUAUCGAUGUGUGCUCCGGCGGAAUUCUAGGUUUAGGCGAGGAGGACUCAGAUCGAGUUGGCCUGUUGCAUACUGCAGCCACGCUUCCAGCUCAUCCAGAGUCGUUUCCUGUAAAUGCCCUUGUCCCGAUCAAGGGAACCCCGCUGGGUGACAGAAAACCAAUCGAAUUCGACAAAUUGCUGCGCACAGUAGCGACGGCGAGGAUCAUCCUGCCCAAGACCACUGUUCGAUUGUCCGCAGGGCGCAUAAGCAUGACUGAGGAGCAGCAGGUUGCGUGCUUCAUGGCUGGGGCCAACUCAGUGUUCACUGGUGAGAAAAUGCUUACCACCGAUUGCAAUGGCUGGGAGGAAGAUAAGAAGAUGUUUGCGAAAUGGGGAUUCUAUCCAAUGCAGGCUUACCAGCGGAAGGAGUUCCGAGCUUCUUCGGAUGCUGCCGCUGCGGUUGCUGCAGCGAGCUAA